AAUUGAACGCUCGGCGCCGCGCGGCCCAGUGUGGCUUCCCCGGUCUGACCGAGCGUGGAGGCCGCUGCCCGCCGCGCCUUUGUCCGCCGCCCGACCAUGGAGCGCCCGGUCCCGCUGCUGCUGCUGCUGCUCGGCGGCCUCUCGCUGCUGGCGGCCCGAGGGGGUGCAGAUGUUGCCAUAGAGGCUUGCUGUGCCGAUGGAAAUCAGAUGGCCACCCAGCACAGGGACUGCUCGCUGCCCUACACCUCGGAAUCCAAGGAGUGCAGGAUGGUCCAGGAGCAGUGUUGCCAUGGCCAGCUGGAGGAACUGCACUGUGCCACGGGCAUCAACCUGGCCAGUGAGCUGGAUGACUGCACCACGCUCCCCAACUACAACAGCAGCCUGGAGACCAUGUUCGUCAAGAGAUGCUGCCACUGCUGCAUGCUGGGAAGGGCGGCUCAGGCCCGGGGCCAGUCCUGUGAGCUCAGCCUUAUGAUCAGCUACCAGUGUGGGUUGGUAUUCCGUGCCUGCUGUGUGAAGAGCCAGGAGAGUUCAGACAUCCCUCGAGGGGACAACAUGGACUUUUCAGAACCAGCUAAGGUUUCUGAGGCCGAGGAGGAACAAGAAGAUCCGUACCUGAAUGACCGCUGCCGAGGUGGUGGGCCCUGCAAACAGCAGUGCCGAGACACUGGAGACGAGGUGGUCUGUUCCUGCUUCGUGGGUUACCAGCUACAGUUGGAUGGGGUCUCUUGUGAAGAUAUCAAUGAAUGUAUCACAGGCAGCCAUAACUGCCGGCUUGGAGAAUCCUGCAUCAAUACAGUGGGCUCUUUUCGCUGCCAGCGAGAUAGCAGCUGUGGGACUGGCUAUGAGCUCACAGAAGACAAUGACUGUAAAGAUAUUGACGAGUGUCAGAAUGGUAUUCAUAACUGCCCCCCCGAUUUUAUCUGUCAGAAUACUCUGGGAUCCUUCCGUUGCAGACCCAAGCUGCAGUGCAAGAGCGGCUUUAUACAAGAUGCCCUAGGCAGCUGCAUUGAUAUCAAUGAGUGUUUAAGUAUAAGUGCUCCGUGCCCUGUUGGGCAGACAUGCAUUAAUACAGAAGGCUCCUACACAUGCCAGAAGAACGUGCCCAACUGUGGCCGUGGCUAUCAUCUCAAUGAGGAGGGAACCCGCUGUGUUGAUGUGGACGAGUGCUCACCACCAGCAGAGCCCUGUGGGAAGGGACACCAUUGUGUGAACUCCCCCGGCAGCUUCCGUUGCGAAUGCAAAGCUGGGUACUAUUUUGACGGCAUCAGCAGGACCUGUGUGGAUAUCAACGAGUGCCAGCGCUACCCUGGACGUCUCUGUGGUCACAAGUGCGAGAACACGCCAGGUUCCUACCACUGCAGCUGCUCUGUGGGCUUCCGGCUAUCUGUGGAUGGCCGGUCCUGUGAAGAUGUGAACGAGUGCCAGAGCAGCCCCUGUAGCCAGGAAUGUGCCAACGUCUACGGCUCCUACCAGUGUUACUGCCGGAGAGGCUACCAGCUCAGUGAUGUAGAUGGGGUCACGUGUGAAGAUAUUGAUGAGUGUGCCCUGCCCACUGGGGGACACAUCUGCUCCUACCGCUGCAUCAAUGUCCCUGGAAGCUUCCAGUGUAGCUGCCCCUCAUCUGGCUACAGGCUGGCCCCCAAUGGCCGCAACUGCCAAGACAUUGACGAGUGUGUGACGGGCAUCCACAACUGCUCUAUCAAUGAGACCUGUUUCAACAUUCAAGGCGGUUUCCGCUGCCUGGCCUUUGAAUGCCCUGAGAACUACCGGCGCUCUGCAGACACGAUCCGCCAAGAGAAAACAGACACUGUCCGCUGCAUCAAGUCCUGUCGCCCCACUGAUGUUGCCUGCAUGCGGGACCCUGUGCAUACCAUCUCCCACACUGUCAUCUCAUUGCCCACCUUCCGAGAGUUCUCCCGCCCUGAAGAGAUCAUCUUUCUGAGGGCCAUCACGCCACUCUACCCUGCCAACCAGGCCGACAUCAUCUUCGACAUCACAGAAGGAAACCUGCGGGACUCCUUUGACAUCAUCAAACGUUAUGAGGACAGCAUGACCGUGGGUGUCGUGCGCCAAGUGAGGCCCAUUGUGGGUCCCUUCCAUGCAGUGCUGAAGCUGGAGAUGAACUACGUGUUGGGGGGUGUGGUCUCCCACCGAAACCUUGUCAACGUGCACAUCUUCGUGUCCGAGUAUUGGUUCUGAGGACUGGUACUCGGGGCAUCCAGGGGUGUAGCCCAGGCCAAGUCAAUGCUGUCUGUGACUACCAGGUGCCUGUCUAUAUCCCACAGGCACCCCUGGAUGUUAUCUAUUGUUCUUAGUGUUAGGCCCUGUGUAUUAAGCUGAGCCACAUCAGUAAAUUCAGCUGAUGUCCUGCAAUGUUUAAAUAAGUCCCGUUUCUCAGCUGUGUGGUUAGAAACCAUGCUUUUUUUUUUAAUGCAAAGACUAAAUUUUGCCCCCUUCUCUACUGUGGUCUGGGCCUUGCUAAGAACCAAGGAAAGAAACAUUUUUCAGAGCACCAGUCCAUCCAAAAGCCAAGAGCUGGCCAGUUCUUUCCCUGAUUGUAUGGGAGUUG